AUGAAUGAGAAGGCGGCAGAGGGCCUUGCAUCACGGAGCCUUGAGGAGCAUGACUCACACCCUGAUGGUCCUAAAACCCAAAGGACAUUCUGUAAGAAGUGUGGAAAGCAUCAGCCUCACAAAGUGACCCAGUAUAAGAAGGGCAAGGAUUCCCUGUACGCCCAGGGGAAACAGCGCUAUAAUUGGAAGCAGAGUGGCUACGGCGGGCAGACGAAGUCGAUUUUUCGAAAGAAGGCUAAAACGACAGAGAAGAUUGUGCUGAGGCUUGAAUGUGUUGAGCUUAACUGCAGAUCCAAGAGGAUGCUGGCCAUUAAGAGAUGCAAGCAUUUUGAACUGGGAGGAGAUAAGAAGAGAAAGGGCCAAGUGAUCCAGUUCUAAGCUUUGGGAUUCUUUUAUUUUUUGAAAGGAAAAUGUUGUAGUAGUAGAAAAAUUACCUGUAUGAAAAUAAAUGCAGUGAUAUUCUUACUAAAAA